AUGGCGCAACGACAGACCGCAGCUGAGGCCAACGCGACGCGGCCCGACUUCAAUUCGAAGCUGGGCUUCGAGAAGUCGGCGCCCGUAGACCGCGAGUGGAAGGCGGGGCAGGGUCUCAAUGCCCACAGCGCCACGGAGCGUUUCACGCCCGCGCAGACGCCCGGCUACCACGUCAUUGAGAUUGGCAAGACGGAAGUCAAGGCGGGCGACCUCUACAAGGUCAUGUGUGGCAACAUCGCGCCGCGCCCCGUCGCUCUUGUGGGCACGUACAACGAGCAGGGCUUGCCGAACCUGGCGCCCAUUAGCUGGUACCAGAUGGUGUCGCAUGACCCGCCCAUGGCCAUGAUCUCCUUUGGCGGGAGCGGCGCCGAGGGCAAGCUCAAGGACAGCGACCGCAACAUCCGGCGCAACAAGUGCUACACCAUCUCCUCGUCAUGGCAAUACAGCUGCGAGCCCUACCUCGAAGCACUUAACUACGCUAGCAUCGAUGCGCCGCCCAACACGUCUGAAUUUGCGUUGGCUGGCCUUACGCCUGUUCCCGGGCGCACCGUCAAUGCGCCCCGGGUUGGUGAGGCGCCCUUUUCGAUGGAGCUCGAAGUCGACUUUACAAAGGAGUGGAACGGCGCAGCGGGCCAUCACACGACGACGAUGGUCGUGGGCAAGAUCAAGAUGCUCCAUCUCCGCAAGGACAUUUUCAACCCCGACUACUCCAUCGACAUCUCCAAGACCAUGCCUGUCUCGCGGUUCGGCGGCCUGACGUACGGCAGGACCGUCGCCGGCUACGACCUGGACCGGCCCAAGUGGUCGGACAUCGAGAAGGACGCCCAUGUCAAGGAAGUCCUCGCAACGGGGCCAAAGGCGCCGCCCGCCAAUUUUGACAAGGACGACGUCCUCCCUCACUUUCCCCCCCGCAGCGACUCGUCGUCUUUGUGA